AUGGUCUCCUACGCCAUCACCGGUGCUUCUCGAGGAAUUGGGUUCGCCUUCAUCAAACACCUCGCUCAAGACCCCUCAAAUACCGUUUUUGCCUUAGUUCGUAACGUCAACUCUUCGCAACCCCUCACAGACCUAGCUGCCUCCCACAAAAACGUCCACAUCCUCAAAGCCGAUGUAACUUCACCCGAGGAGCUUGAUGCCGCCGCAGCCGCCGUCUCUCAAAUCACAGGGGGGACUCUCGACGUCCUUGUCGAAAACGCUGCCUUUUUAAUCGGCGAGGCUGCAAGUUUCACACUAACCGACCUCGUCGGUGACCCUGAGAAAACCAAGAUUUUCAGCAAUGAUUUACAGCUCAGUGUUGAAGGAAAUAUUUUGUCUGUCGUUCACACUACGAAUGCGUUUCUCCCCUUGAUCAAGAAGAGUGAGAUUAAGAAGAUCCUGGUGAUCAGUACUGGCCUUGCAGAUGCCGAUGCAGUAAUCGAGUGGCAAUGGAAGGAUAAUGUUCCAUAUGGUGCCUCUAAGGCUGCGGUUAAUAUGGUUGUGGCUCAGUAUUCAAACGCGCUGGUAGAGGACGGAGUUACUAUUGUGGCUCUCAGCCCCGGGUUGGUGAGAACUCAGACACAGGAUUGGGCUCCAGCAUUUUAUGAGAAAGUUACGAAUAUAUUCCGAAAGUCCAAGCCGUCGUAUGAGGGACCGCUUUCUCCCGAGGAGAGUGUGAGAUUGAUGUUGGAGACGCUUGGAAAGUUGACGGUGAAGGACGGCGGCAAGUUUCUGAGCCAGAACGGAAACAAAGACUGGUUGUAA